AUGGCGGCCAGGGUUGCGAUUGGAAAUUCCCCGGCGACUAGAACACCGCUGCUAUUUCAGCAUUUCCGAUCAUCUGUUAAACCCACCGGACGGAAUUCUGGGUUCCCGUUAUUCGGCCCGUUAGCCUCCUUCUCGUCUUCCUCUCAGCCGAAGAAGCUGGUACUUUACUCAAAGCCCGGAUGCUGUUUGUGCGAUGGCCUCAAAGAGAAACUCGACACGGUUUUUUCUUCUUCCGGCCCGAAUUACGUCGGCGACGUCCAGUUGGAGAUUAGGGACAUCACGAGUAAUCCGGAAUGGGAGCGGCUUUACCAAUACGAGAUACCCGUGUUAGCCAGAGUUAGAGAAGAUGGUACUGAGGAGAUUCUUCCGAGAUUUUCUCCACGCGCUGCAGUAGAGCUUGUCCAAAAGAAGAUAGCGGCAGCUUUCGGUUAA